UUCUUCUCUCUCUAACCUUGUUUGAUAAUUUCCUCCUUCAGUGAACUAUUUGGCUUCAUCGCUCUCUCCUUCUACUUUAGCACUCUGGAACGGUGUCUUAUCCAUUCAUGUCUUUCUGGGAGUACCUUUGCUCUUUUCGGCAUUCUUGUCCUCUGCAAUGCACUGCAUCGUUUAAGACUCAAAUUAUUAAGUACUGAAAUGGGUAUCUCGUGUAUCCCAAGUUGCCAAUUCACUCUCGCAAAACCAAAUUCGGCCUUUCCGAAUAAUGAGUUCACAAAUCCACCUCACCCUCUUUUCCUUUUGUCCAAAUGUACAUCUCUCAGGGAGCUUAAGCAAAUUCAAGCCUUUACCAUCAAAACCAAUCUUCAGAAUGACAUCUCUGUCCUCACGAAGAUCAUUAAUUUUUGCACCCUUAACCCCUCAACUUCGUCCAUGGACCAUGCGCACCAUCUGUUCGAUCAAAUUCCUGACAAGGAUAUUGUCCUUUUUAACAUAAUGGCACGUGGUUAUGCUCGCUCUAAUACUCCAUAUCUUGCAUUUUCUCUUUUUUCUCAAGUCCUCUGCUCCGGUCUUCUUCCAGAUGACUACACAUUCUCGUCCCUUCUCAAGGCAUGUGCUAGUUCUAAGGCCUUCAGUGAAGGUAGGCAGUUGCAUUGUUUUGCUAUCAAACUCGGAUUGAAUCAUAAUAUUUACAUUUGCCCAAGCCUCAUAAAUUUGUAUGCGGAAUGCAAUGACAUGAAUGCAGCACGUGGAGUCUUUGAUGAAAUGGAGGCGCCAUGUAUUGUUAGCUAUAAUGCAAUUAUCACAGGUCAUGCUCGAAGCAGUCAGCCCAACGAGGCUUUGUCGUUGUUUAGAGAAUUGCAAGCGAGCAAUCUUGAGCCUACUGAUGUUACUAUGCUUAGUAUUAUUAUGUCAUGUGCUCUUUUGGGAGCACUAGACUUGGGAAGGUGGAUUCAUGAAUAUGUUAAGAAGAAAGGGUUUGAUAAAUUUGUGAAGGUGAACACCGCACUUAUAGAUAUGUAUGCGAAAUGCGGAAGUCUUGUGGAUGCUAUUUCUAUCUUUGAGGACAUGCGUGUGAGAGAUACACAAGCUUGGUCUGCAAUGAUAGUUGCAUAUGCAACUCAUGGGGAUGGCUUGAAAGCCAUCUCAAUGUUUGAAGAGAUGAAGAGAGCCGGAGUUCGACCCGAUGAGAUUACAUUUUUGGGGCUUUUGUACGCUUGCAGUCAUGCUGGGCUAGUAGAGGAAGGCAGAGGAUAUUUUAAUAGUAUGUCUAAAUACUAUGGAAUAGCCCCAGGGAUCAAGCAUUAUGGAUGUAUGGUCGAUUUGCUUGGUCGAACAGGUCAUUUAGAUGAGGCUUAUAAGUUCAUAGAUGGAUCGGAAAUCAAGCCCACGCCUAUACUCUGGCGCACCCUGUUAUCUGCUUGCAGUAACCGAGGUAACGUCGACUUGGCAAAGCGGGUUAUUGAACGAAUUUUUGAAUUAGACGACUCCCAUGGAGGGGACUAUGUCAUAUUAUCAAACUUGUGUGCUAGAGUAGGAAGAUGGGAAGAUGUGAACCAUAUAAGGAAAUUGAUGAAAGAUAGAGGGGUGGUAAAAGUUCCUGGGUGUAGCUCUGUGGAGGUAAACAAUGUAGUGCAUGAGUUCUUCUCUGGAGAUGGAGUUCACUCCAUUUCUGUAGAGCUGCGUCGAGCACUUGACGAGUUAAUCAAAGAGAUAAAGUUGGUGGGAUAUGUUCCAGAUACAUCUUUAGUAUACCAUGCUGAUAUGGAAGAGGAAGGGAAAGAACUUGUCCUUAGAUAUCACAGCGAAAAAUUGGCCAUUGCUUUUGGACUCCUAAACUCACCUCCCGGGACACCGAUAAGGGUAGUCAAGAACCUUCGUAUUUGUGGAGAUUGCCAUACUGCCGCGAAACUUAUAUCAUUCAUUUUUGGGAGGCAGAUCGUCAUUAGGGACGUUCAACGAUUCCAUCGAUUCGAAGAUGGGAAAUGCUCCUGUUGUGAUUUCUGGUAAUAGUAAAUGUUGAUAUCAUAAGCCAUUCUUAUAGCUGGUACUUUUUUCUGCAUUGGCCAUGAUUUGCAGUUCAUUGGGAACCUUUAUAUGUUUGUAUAGCCAUGAAGGAACCCAGAACAAGAUUCAUUUGGAUAUUGAACCUACCCAUAUAUAUUCAUCAGUAUAGUAAGUGAUUAUCACAUGUGCCGGAUCAAAAUAAAGUAUAUAACCAUACGAAGAUGAUCAUAUUUCUACAUCAUCAACUGGCUUAUUUUAGAUACUUUUUUUGACAGUCAACUACUACGCCAACUCCAUGUGCUCCUUGUAUUAACACUAUCAAAUCAUAGAAGUUGAAUAAUGGAUUUCAUUUCUACCUA